AUGUCUUUAACUCCCUAUGUCAAACGGGAAAUUACACCAUACGUCAGACAAAUACGAACAUCACCGCUCAGUAUACAAAACUUAGACACAUCGUAUACGAAUCAACAAUCUUCUCCACCUGUUAUCGUGUUAAAUAUUGAAGAUGCAAGAAAAAUUCCAUCGAGAGCAACAGUUUCACCAUGUUGUUUAAAAUUACUCGUGGGUAUUAUUGCUGGUUUGCUUCUAUUAGCAGCUAUUCUUGUACCAGUUCUAGUAACAGUUCUCACAACAACAACAACAACAACGACAACAACAACAACUACUACAACUACAACCACAACAACAACAACGACAACAACUACUACAACUACAACCACAACGACAACGACUACUACCUCAACAACGACUAGCACAUCGACAACAACAACUACUGCUGUUCCAGGUUAA